UUUUGGAACCCUAACCUAAAGUGAAAAGAACUGGUCAAUUUUAUGCCUCCAAAGAUUCGAAUUGUACAAAACAAACAAAGCUUUCCGAACCAGUGAGAAAUCAAACCCAGCAAAAAUGUUGUUUCAAUUCAACAAAUUUAGCAUUCUAUACACGACUUCCAUACUUCUAUAAUCUAUUCGAUCAAGCUCUUUGAUUCCCCUUUCUAUUGCAGGACAUUCAUGAACUUUAACACAGAGCUGAGCUGAGAUCAUGAGAUGAGAAUGAGAAGAAAGUGUAGGCUUUGGUGGCCUACCCACCUCUCAUCGACUUAUCCAGCUUCCUCGAUCUUCCUCUUUGGGUGGUUUGUUUCGUCCCCCUCGGCUUCUCUCGACAUCGUAGUGGCUUUUGCUUGCGAUGAGGCUUCACUCUCUUCAAUCCAAUCUCGUGUUGAGGGGAUCAUCCGUGAAACUAGUGGAAGUAUGCCUGUAUCUGUGCAAGAUAAAUGCAUGUUCUCUUUGCUUGGUCAUUGUGCAGUAGAUUUGAGCUGCAAUGGUCAAUCGCUGACAGUUGGAGUGGAAGAAAAUAGUCAAAUUAACUCCACUAAUGGUAAUAUAUGUACACAAAGCAGUCAAUAUAUGUUAGAUAAAAAAUACGGACGCUGGAGCUGUGGAUGCUACAAAUAUGAUGGAUUAUUAGACCAUUGUGAACUGAUUUCUGCAGAAAAAAAUAUUUGGAUCCAGCUAGUAUAUGAUUCUCAUGGAUAUAUUGGUAGAAAAAUCAAGUGGAUCCCUAAAUUGCAUCACAUACAUUGGAACGGGCAAAGAGUGUCACAUUUUGAUGUCCACGUAAUAGUCUAUGAAACUCCCAUGUUUGGCAGUCACCAUUUUUCAUUGGGGUUUUGGAGUUCUGAACAAGUGAAAAAUCCUCUGAAGAAACCUAAGUGGUUUGAAGAACUUCAUCAAAAGCAGCCACUCCUGGACUUGGACACGGUGGUUCUGGCAAUCAACUGUGCUAAUGCUGCCAAAUUAUUCUUUGAAAGACAUGUGGGCCCUGAAAGAUCUACUGUUCGGUUCCCCAUUGUUUACAUGUGUGUUAAUUUGACAUGGCAACUGUUGGCCAUGUCAAUUGCUUCAUUGUCCACUUUAUUUUAUAUAAUUUUUCAGUUUCUUCAUGUCCUUUUGAGCUCUAAAUCUCAAUCAUGGAUGUAUCUCACAUUGGAAAAGGUAUUCAGCAAAACAUGGAAAAAUAUUCAAAUCCGCUGUUCUCAAAUAUUGUAUUGGCCAAUCUUCCUUAAAGAUGACUGUCUCAGGUCUCACUCAUGUGUGGAAUACGCGGAGAAAGCUACAUUCCAUAAGCAUUCCAUGUGGUCAAGUGUUGCUAUUGAUGUUCUUUUGGGCUACUUUCUUGGUAUAGCAUUAUUCUUUCAUGCAGAAUCUGCUUGCCUAUGGGUUUCAAACUUUGCCGAUGACAUAACAAACUAUUUGUUGCGUACCGGUUGUGUGUGGUUGAUGGGUGUGCCUGCGGGUUUCAAGUUGAACACUGAACUUGCAAGAGUUCUUGGCAUGAUCUCUCUUAAUGCAAUCCAAAUUUGGUCUACUCUUUGGUUCUUUGUGGGUUCCCUCUUCAUUCAUUUUGUUGAAGUACUUGCUAUAUCAGCGGUUGUUUUUGGUUUGACUACACCUGCUGCUCUUAUCAUAGACAUGAUUUUGUUGGCAACAUUACAUGUGUCAACUCUUCACUGGUUAAUAUCACACUUGUAUUCUCACCAGAUACAGGCAAUAACUGCUUUAUGGCGCCUUUUCAGGGGUCGAAAGUGGAAUCCUCUUCGUCAGAGAUAUGAUAGCUAUGACUACACCGUAGAGCAACACAUAGUUGGGUCUCUUCUAUUUACACCGCUCCUACUUCUACUACCAACGACUUCUGUUUUCUACAUUUUCUUCACCAUUAUGAAAACUACCAUCAGCUUUAUCUGCAUAGCAGUUGAAUUCAUUAUAUCUGUCAUUCAUGCGACACCUUACAUCAAGAUUUUUCUAUGGUUUGUGAGGCCAAGAAGAUUUCCCUCUGGCAUAUGGUUUGAAAUUAUAUCCUGUCAGAGUAACGCUGUUGAUCCUAUGGACAUUGGAUGUCUUCAUGAUACUUCUACACCAUCUGAGAGGACAUUGCAAAGACCGGAUCAGUCCAGUGUUUUGGUUUCAUAUCUUCACAGCAACUUUUCGAAUAUAGGACAAGUUGUCUGGCCUCACUAUAGACAUGUAUUUUCUGUGGUUUCUCGGUCAUUUGUUGCCUCAUCAGCGUAUGGAGUUCUCACCGGGAAUAGGAUCCCAUCAACUCUGGGAACUGGUCUUCCUUCAACAAUGCCGUGGAUGUUGAUCCCAUAUAAAGAGUAUUGGCUCACUUGUCGUGAUGCAGUUCUUGCAUGCAAGGCAGAUCAUCACCGUGAUUCAUUUCAAUAAUUGAGCAGCACAUUUAGUUAGAGUUUUUCUUCUCUUAACUGUUUUUUGAUUCUUAAUUUGUAAAUUCUUUCUGUUGAUUACACUGAGAGUUUAGGCUUAUUCCGCUCAUGUUAAGGUUCAAUACUAAGCAUAUCAUUGAUUCAGUUUUGAAAGGUUCUGUAUUGAUUCAGUUUGUGUUAGGAAGGAGAAAUUUGUUUUGCUUUUCUCUC